AUGGCAAAUUUGCUAAACAUGUUCUUUUCAAUAAUGCUUAUCGAAGUAUCUCUUUUAGCAUUGUUGAUGGGAAAUUCCAAAGCAACUCAUCGCUUUAUUGGUAUUAAGGAUCAUAUUGAUCACCAAGUUUCCUUACAAACGAGGAGUGUUCAUCGCAUUGCAAGAUUGAGUCCAGAAGGACCUAAUCCACACCAUGACAAUUCAUUACAGCCAAAAAGUGAUCAUCACAUUGCAAAAUUGAGUCCAGGAGGUCCCGAUCCACAUCACCAUCUUUCCUUACAAACGAGGAAUGUUCAUCACAUUGCAAGAUUGAGUCCAGAAGGUCCAGAUCCACACCACCAUGUUUCCUUACCAACGGGGAAUGUUCAUCACAUUGAAAGAUUGAGUCCAGGAGGUCCAGAUUCACACCACCAUGAUUUCUUGCAAACUAGAAAUGUUCAUGAAAUUGCAAGAUUGAGUCCAGGAGGUCCUAAUCCACACCAUGACAAUUCCUUAAAUCCAACGAGUGUCGAUCACAUUGCAAAAUUGAGUCCAGGAGGUCCCGAUCCACGUCACCAUCUUUCCUUACAAACGAGUAAUGUUCAUCACAUUGCAAGAUUGAGUCCCGAAGGUCCAGAUCCACACCACCAUGUUUCCUUACAAACGGGGAAUGUUCAUCGCAUUGAAAGAUUGAGUCCAGGAGGUCCAAAUUCACACCACCAUGAUUUCUUGAAAACUAGAAAUGUUCAUGGAAUUGCAAGAUUGAGUCCAGGAGGUCCUAAUCCACACCACGACAAUUCCUUACAUCCAACGAGUGUCCAUCUCACUGCAAAAUUAAGUCUAAGAGGUCAUAAUCCAAACUACCCGAAUUCCUUUCAACCUUUGAAUAAUCAUUUCAUUGCAUGA